ACGUGACGCAGAUCACAGCGACAUAGAUAUGUCACAAGUGGCAACACGCGUGCACUCAUCUCCUGGUGAAUGCCAACUUUCUGGCUGUUGUCUUUAUUUACAUGGGUGUCCUCUCGUGUGUGUCCGCUCAAGAGAACGUGUCUCUCUACUAGCGGAGUAGCUGAAGUAGUAACCACAAGGAAGGUUUAUUUUCCAGAAGUCAUUGCGAGCCUCUAAACCUCAGGACGUCUUACAAAGUUCUAUUGGAUGCCAAGAAAAUGACGUCCCACUUGUCAACCAAUCACAAGAAAAAGAGUUGCCUCCUCUUCUAUGUCUACGCUUACUGCUGUGGCACUUGCACUGGGAUCAUCGCCGUCAGCCUGGCCUUCAUGGAGGUCAGCGCGCCUCAGACUCGGGUCCUGAUUGUUCUGGCCCUGGUCAUCAGCAUCUUCUCCUUCCUGGCUCACGUCGCUGUGUCCAAGAGGCCCCAGACGCCAAACGUGGUCAUGGUCAGGACACUGCUGGUAGGGUUGGGCCUCGUAGCUUCAGCCGUGCUGUCUGGUGUGUCUGCCUUUUUUAACAGCGGGACCAUCAGUCUCCUCUUUGUUUGCUGCACCCUGUUCGGUAUAUUCUACAUCUCGGCCUGCGUUGGAUACAUUCUCAACGUCCAAAUGCACUGGAGGAACGGCGCUCCUCAGACUAACGUCACUUCCGCUUCCAGUUCAGGGGCAGUAAGCCAAGUGUACAUGACGACCAUGUACAGUCCGUAUGAAGUCUUCAGUUCUGAACUUGUACAGCGUCAAGUCGAUGGCGUGCAUGCAUCUUGCAGGACUGAUAUGAUGUUACGAGUUCCCGCUGUCAGUGAGCUCCCUUCAUACGAGCAGCUCCAGUUUCCAGAACCACCGAAAUAUUGGGAAGUCGCGAGCUCAAUGGAGUUGUCUGCCCCUGAACAAAUAUCUUCUGAACUUCCCCCAAAAUACGAAGACAUCGCUCAGCUGACUGAUACUGAGAGAGGAAACAACGCUAACAAGGACAUUGUGGCGCCAAACCAAUUGACGUGAUAUUUUCUAUGAGUAUAUACUUUGUCUAUUCAUGUCUGAACAAAAGGGCAAGCUGAUGUAAUUGGUUCAUAAAUGCAAAAGAUAAAUCAGAAAGUUGAAUAUUUGCCUGCCAACUUUAAAACAUAGAAAUAGAAACAUAAUUACUUUUCGGAUUUGACUGAGACUCACUUAGCGUAGCAUGGUGUCUCGUCAUAAUAGCAUUUAAACAAAAACUUUACUAUAGUGUUGGGGGUGGGCAGGAGGUGGACUGACUACCACCCGGACCUACCGAGGAAUCGUUUAUGCAUUCUUAGUUUUCAAAAGCCUACGCAUGUCUCAUCCGACUAGAGAUCAUAUACCCCCCUUCCUCCUCAGCGCAGGUUUCGAUCUGACAAACGAUAUGCGUUUAAAAGCAUUAUACAAUGUUAAAAUCAGCGUGCAGUUAUUUUAGUUCCCAUGUUGCAUGUAGUUAAGGCUCAAUCAGACCAUACCCUCAUCACGUCUGCUUGCAAUGUUUAAUUUCAUCUUAAGUCCUAGCAGUCCUAUACAAGAAGAGGAGACAGUGUCUUGAUAACCACUGGAGUUCAAGGCCGGGGAGAAGGUCUCAUGGAACAAAACAAUGGGACGGAGAGACACACGUCAGGGGAGGUAAUCAAGAAAACGAAUGGAAAGCAUUUCAAUUAUUGGAAGUUUUGUCAUCAAAGGGAUGUAAUACAUUAAAUGUCAAAUCAAAGCCAAUAACUCUUUAAUGUUCUCUC